AUGCCUGAAACACAGCAAGAACUCAGUCCAGAGGACAAGAAGAUCCUUGAGGACGCUCACAAGAACCGUGAUAACCCCGAGCAUCCUGCUCAUAAAGACCACCCAAAACAUGGCCAAUUCUUGAAGAGCAUCCCAGAGAAGCUUGGAGGCGCAGCGAUCUUUGGAGCUGGUGCAACUGCAGGCUCUGAUUUUGUCAAUGGUCUUAUUGGGAAAUAA